AUGUUUCCCAAAAACAUCAGCCUUGCGAUUUUGUUUCUUGCUAUGACCACAGUAGGGACUGCAGCAAACUUUUUCCUCUUCACCUUUUAUAUGUUCCAUGCUCUUGCUGGCAACAAGAUGAGUUCAAUAACCCUUAUUUUCACACAGCUAAGCAUAGUGAACUUCACUAUGCUCCUCAGCAAGGGAAUUCCACAAACAUUGGAGUAUUUGACUUGGAACUAUUUCCUGGAUGAUGUUGGGUGCAAAGUUGUGUUUUACAUUCGCAAAGUGAGCCAGGGGCUUUCAAUUUCCUUCACUUCUCUCCUAUGCAUAUUCCAAGCUAUCCUCAUCAGCCCCUCUAAUUCCAGAUGGGCAGAGUUCAAAGUUAAAAUCACACAGCGGACAAUCCCCUUUUAUUUCUGCUCUUGGAUAUUUAACCUACUGGUAGAAAUUCCUGUCUCAAUAAGUGCAAAGGGCCCAACAAAUGGUAUCAACAGUACAAAUACAUUCGAUUUAGCAUAUUGUACUUUUGAACACAAUAUGGAUAUUUAUAUGAUAAUGACCACUUUCAGAAAUGCAUUUUGCUUGGGGAUUACAUUCUUGGCCAGUGGUUAUAUGGUUCUUCUCCUACACAAACACCACCAGCAUGUCCAGAACAUUCGGAGCACCAACUUCCCACCCAGGAAGCACCCUGAAAUCAGAGCCAUCCAAAUAAUCCUUUUAUUGACAAGCACAUUUGUCAUCUUUUAUGCAAUUGAUUCUAUUUUAAGUCUUCUUCUCAUUUAUUUAGACCAAAAGUCCACCUGGAUGAUAUCUACUACUAUCUUCCUAUCACUAUGUUACCCAACCAUCAGUCCUUUUCUAUUGACACCCAGAGUUCUUAGUUGUACCUGUAUUAUCUGUGCCAAGUGA